AUGAAAAAAAUGUUGAAACUUUCGCGACAACUCCCAAUGUAAGUGUAAAAUCUAUCGUUUUCUAUUCGAAAUUGCUUUAGCGAGUUUGAAUCGGAUGAAGAAGAUGUCGGCCAAAACCAAACAAUGGACAGCCAUGUCUAUCCUACAGAAAACAUGGUACAAUUUGACAAAUUCCCGACUUUCAAGGUAAUUUUAUACCUAAAAUCUGAUCUUCCAGCUGAAAAUGUUACGUAAUAUUGUGGCUCGCUUUAGACAAGUAUACCUGAAAUGCAUUCAACAACGUCAAAUGGCUCAGCAGUCAAUGCUGAACCAUCUUCGAUGCCUGAAUUGCCUGAACCUCAAAUAUCCGAACGUCAUAUGAGAAAGUUUGUGAAACACAUGGUCGACAGCAUUCCGAAGGAGUACCAUGACGGAAAGGUGUAAGUUCAUGUUUGUUUAUGAGUUUGGCCCGAUUUUCCGACUUUUUCCGAACCUUCUAUAAAAAAAAUUUUAUUCAGAAGGUACCGUGUAAAUGGACUAACGAGACAAAAAGUGAAAGAAGACCGUGUACCCCUUGGUUUGAAUCCAUUUGAUCUCAAACCCGCUUUGAAAGCUUUAAAAGUAGGUGCAUUUUAUUUGAGGUUACAUUUUUAGGAAGACUUUCCUGAAGAAAUUCCAUCGGCAUUAGAAGAUGGGCCAUCGCCGGUACCCUCACCUUCCCAUGAGAAGGAAGAUGAUCCGUUUGCAGAAAAAAGGGCAAUUAUUCGACGGGAGUUCGAUCGUUAUCUCUAUUUUAAUGUAAAUACUACCAGAUGUCAUACUUACACUCACUUCAAUUAUAAUCGCCGAUUUAUAUUAGAUAAGAGCAGAUCGGUGGCAAGUUGAUUCAUAUUUUUUUUAUCGACUUUUAGCCCGAAGUUAUUACGUAUAAGUACACCACCGUUAGCGACUCUCAGCUUCAGAAAGCCUGGCUGCAAGUGGAUAUGACCAAGAUGUUUUUGGUCGUCUUAUGCGGUGAUUGGCCAGAGAUCUACGGUGCUGAAAAGAUUUGCACGUAUAUGAGGGUGGGUUAGGCUGUAAUUGAAUGAAACCCGGUAUUUUACACCUGAUUUGAUAAACACCUAAUAUUUCCAUUUUUAGUUCAUGACUGAGCCGGUGGAUGAAGUUCUGCAAAUCAUUUCCGAUCUAAAGGUCCAUAAAGUCUUCAAGAGAAUUAUAAUUGCCCCCAACUGGACUUGGUGUAACUUUGACACCUUCGACAAAGACGAGGCAGGGCAUUGUGUUCGUCUACUGGCAAAGAAGUUAUGCAGUGUAAGGUCUCAAUUUGGCCAACACGCGAGUCACUGUUACCUCUUUACGUAUCCUUUUGCAUUCAAACACCAAAGUUGCAGGGCUCUUAGGAAUUGUAAGGCUUUCAAUGACGUCAUUAAAGGGUGAGUUUAAGAUCGUUCCUUCUUAUGCUGAUGUUUAGAUCCUUUGAGAAUCUUUGUAAUGUCGACCAUCAUGCAUGGACCUUUCCUCAUUUCUUCACGACUCUCACCCAGGUUGCCGACCCUUUAGCGCGACUUAUGGCUAGAACUUUGCUCGAGGAAUUCGAAAAGACCGAAUUGAAGGAGAGACAGAGAUUCCUCGAGUGGAUUUCUGAGAAUGCCUAUUUACGGGACUUUGAAGCCUAG